GAACAAAAUGGCGGACUCACGCGAGCUGUGCGACUGAAUCGAAGACUGUUUUCUAACUCAUUAAUAUUAGCUGUCAGCGCACAUAUUGCAUUGAAAGGUUUGGCAUCACACAGGUCUUAAGUCACCAUGGUUACUGGUUAACGAAAUAUGUACCACUGUAGUAUUUGUCUAAGCAAAGCAACUGUGAGAUGAUAUAACUGUCCAGCCAGCUUUCAUCCUUGGCACACACCUUUGAAAAAGUUAUGGAUCCUUUGGGCGCAAGAGACGACAUUAUUACUGUUGAAGAACUGACACGCUGGAAUCUGACUCAGCUGCCAGAAUAUGGUGAAAGAAGUAACGGAGAAGAUGAACGAAGCUCUCCAUUUCCAUGGCGAAAUGACUUGAAUGCCAAGAUUAUUCUAUGGAAUGGAGAUUUAACAAGGCUAAAUGUUCAUGCUAUUGUCCACACAACAAAUGAGCACCUGAAUGAUAAAAGUACUGAAAGUGAAGCAAUAUUUAAGAAGGCCGGACCUGAACUGUAUAAGGAAGUACAAAAUAAUAUAAGAGUUUGCAAGACAGGAGAGGCGAAGAUUACAAAAGGCCACAACCUUCCUGCACGGCACGUCAUCCAUACUGUUGGCCCCAGGUUCAACAUCAAGUAUGUGACGGCGGCGGAGAGCGCCCUCUACAGCAGCUACAGGAACACGCUACAGCUGUGCAGGGAAUACAACGUACACACUCUAGGCCUCUGUUGUAUUCACACCAGCCAGAGGGGUUACCCAUCCGAGAGUGGUGCUCAUAUCGGAAUCAGAACUACCCGACGCUUCCUGGAGAAGUUUGGUGAAGACAUAGACACCGUUGUGUUCGUGUGUUCAGAUGAGACAGUGGAUGUGUACAAGGGAUUAUUACCCUUGUAUUUCCCCCGCAAUAUUCGUGAAGAGAAAUAUGCAGAAGAGCUGCUGCCACGAGACAUUGGGAACGAAAAUGGUGAACCUGUUAUUAAAGACAGACAGAUUCGCAUUUUGGACAAACCUGCAUUUGCAGCUCUCAAGGCUGAAGGAAGAGAGGACUUCGAGGAGACCAUUGACCUAAACCAGGCAUUUGAGCAAUCAACAGCCCUGGAUGUCGGUCACCAUCCCUUUGCUCAAAUGGAGGAAAAUCCUGAUAAAGUGAAGAAAACAAGUCUCUAUGGGAAGAGUAGUGAUGAACAGAGGAAAAUAGAAAUGAAAAGGAGAUAUGACAGGUUCUUGAAGCGCUCCAAGACAGAUGAUCUAACAGACAUUGCAGCCCUGAGGUGUUUGUAUCGGUCAGGAGUCGACCGCAUUGGACGACCUGUGGUUGUGUUUGUUGGCAAGAACUUCCCCGCCAACAAUGUGGAUCCUGAGAGGGCCCUGCUCUACAUGGUGCGAGUGAUGGAUCCGGUGGUGGAGAAGGACUAUGUGGUGGUGUACUUUCACACACAGACAACCAGCAAUAACCACCCUGCCAUGAACUACCUCAAGUUUGCCUACAGUUUGUUAGAUCGCAGAUAUAAGAAGAACCUAAAGGCCUUCUAUGUGAUACACCCCACCUGGUGGUCUAAGCUUGCAACCUGGUUUUUCACAACUUUUACGGCAUCUGACAUCAAGCCGAAGGUGCAUAACCUGCGUGGUGUCCAGUACCUCUACACCAAGAUGAACCCUGACCAGCUGGACGUCCCACCCUUUGUCAUGGACUAUGAUAUUCAGAUCAACGGCGCUCGCUACAGUGUUCCGUCAGAGGACUCUCCAGAAGGACUUUGAUGACAAAGAUUCCCAUAGAGUUCCAGCAUCACCAACUUCAUCCAGUAAACUGCCCAUCGAACCAACGCUUACUCAUGGAUCCCACUGACACUGAGAUUACUCUCACACUUUCAUCUGUGUUUUUAACUUCCACUCCAGUUUGACCACAUAGUGGCAUUUGUUUCUGGUUGACGAGAGACAAUAUUUAUUGACUGAAUCCAUGUAUUUGUGUGCUAUCAGUUUUAAUCAGCCCAUGAUAAAUUUGAUUUGCAACCAAUGGCUGUUAAUAAAUUAGUGAAUUUACACUCUCAUUUACCUCCAGUGAUUAGAAGAAUGACCUGCCAUUGGUUUGUUGAGUGAUGUUUUAGUAAAUUAGAAAAGUAUGAUGAUACUAAGGUUUAAAAAAAAUAAAAGAAUUGGUUCUCAGGCAAUGACUUUUGAAAAUAUAGUGUGGGCAGGAUGUUGUUUUUUUGUUUUUGGGGGUGUUUUUUUAAUAGUUUUUUUGCUCAUUCAAACUAGUACGUAACCAAAUAAGCAGCUGUGUACCAUCAACCUGGGAAAGGGCCUCCCUACAUAAACGAGCCUACAAACUCCCAUUGCUGCCAUGAUCAUAAAACAAGAUACACAGUAAAGCAGUGCGUGUAUAAAGGGAAGGAACUGCAUGCUAUAUUGGAUCGCAUUGUUUUUAAGUAGUAGGAUAUUUUUUUUAAAUGGAAAUUAAAAUGAAAUGUGCAGCAGACUUUAUGAUGAUGCUGGCGAUGAUGUGAACCAAGACUAUUAUUUUUUUUAGCCUUAAUAUGACUAUUUUAUGUUAUAGUUUCCUGUUAUAUUGUGUAAAUCUGACAGCUUCUUUUUAGACAGUUGUCAUUGUUGCACAAGAAGUUCUUCCAGAACUUUAAGAUUAGAAACCUAUGGUUAGGCACUUGAAUUAAGCUUUGGUUGAUUUGGCUGAGAUUUGGGUCAAGGGCAGUGGCUUCUUGGUUUACUAUUCAAACGUGGUCUGUUUUGUGUCAGAAUUACUUAGUUAGUCAUAAGGCAAUAAUCAAAAGUUCAGGCAGAGAAAUGUUUUGACACAGCAAUAAUUGAGAAUGAAGACCUUUUCUUUUGUGUAGCAUUAUUAUGACAUCAUCAAACACCUUCACUACUGAUACCCUGAAUGCUCAGGUCCCGGGUGAAAGGUUUCCACAUUUCAUGAUCUCAAGUGUGUGUUUGUAAGUUACUGGUCUUUAAGUUAGAGGAGAAGGGGCCAAUGAGGUUCGUGGUGGGGUGGCAUGAACAAAAUGACAGCAAGAGAAAGUGGUCACCAAUAAUGUCACAACUAUGGGGGAAUGUCAAUCUCAUUAAAAUCAGAUCUUAGUUUUCGCUACCGCUAAACAAAGAUCUGAGGACAUCCCAUUACGGGUCACGUCAGAACGACCUUUCGCGAAUUUUGACCAACCAAUGAAAUAAC